AUGACCGGAUUUGUGUUUUGCUGCGCGAUGUACAUGGACAGAAGCAGCCUGACCAGAGGUCCCUCCUCCUCCUCCAGUCCCAGCUUGCUGACGAAGGGUCUCUCUCUGGAGCCUCCCUGUUCCCCCUGCGGCCUCCAGGGGACAAUGGACGCCGACUCCGAUGCUGACACUCCCCAGCAACCGAGCUCCGACCCGGGGCCGACCUCCUCCCUAUCGGGCCCCGCCUCCCUCGAGGGAGGGGCUCCGCUAACAGAGCGCCGCGGCUCCGCCAACGGGCUGCUGCUGGUCAACGACACGGGGCCGCCGGAGCUGCCGCCUGCAACGAUAACACCACCGAGCAAGACUAGACCGCCGCUGCCUGGACCGAAACCUCAGGUCCCACCGAAGCCCCCCCAUCUGCAGCAGCAGGCAGGUGUUCCGAGGCUCCGCCCCCGCGCUCCAGACAAGCCCCUCCCCCCUCCUCCGCCCUGCAGACCCCUCCCAGCAGACCCCAGAGGAGGCGUCCGGACUCCGCCUAACCGUGCAGAUGGCACCGCCUCCCCCUCCUGCGUCCUGUCACUCAUCGAGAAGUUUGAGCGCGAGCAGAUCAUCGUGGUUCCUGACAUCACCGGGGGGUCGUUGUGUCCCCGCCUCCCCGACCCCUCCUCCUCACUUUCUUCCUCACGACCUUCCUCACCACCGUCAUCAUCGUCGCCCGCCCCUCCCCCAACUGGUGAGGAGCCACUCUCUGAGCUCAAAGGUCAUGAUGACAUCACAGUGGGGGGUGAAGGGGAGGGGGAGGAAGCAGAGGUCGACCUACGUGAAGAGGAUGAUGACGACGACGAUGAUGAAGAGCUGGCGGCGGCGUGCCGUGAUGAUCUCCAUCAGAAGCGUCUCUCCAUGGAGUCCGGCUACAGCGCCUCAGAGAAACACCUGGAGGACGAGGUGGUUGCCGUGGAGAUGAGGGAGCAACAGCCACUGCCGCCUCCGCUACUUCACGACCAAUCAGAGAUCCCCUCGGAGCGUCUGUCCCUCCCCUCCUCGCAGACGGACGGGAAACUGGCCAAUCGGGACAGCGGGAUCGACAGCAUCAGCUCGCCGUCGCACAGCGAAGAGCUCUGCUUCGCCGGCGUGGACGACGGAGGUGUGGCGUAUCCGUGCAGCCCCGCCCUCCUGCCCCGCCUCUCAAGCUCGUCCUCAUACGCUGGCGAGGGAGGGGAGGGCGAGGGUGAGGAGGGGGAGGCGCACGUAAGAGUGAGGAGGAGGAGGGAUUUCUCUGAAGAUGGAGACAGUGACCUGGAGGAGGAGGAGGAGGCGGAGCUGACUCUGGUGCUGCCGCCGCCAACGAAGACGGACAGACAGGACUCUAGUGAGCUGUCCGUCCAGCAGAGAGUCUUCAACAUCGCCAAUGAGCUGCUGCACACAGAGAUCGCCUACGUCUCUAAACUCCACCUCCUGGACCAGGUUUUCUGUGCCAGACUCCUGGAGGAGGCGCGGUCUCGCUCCACCUUCCCCUGUGACGUCGUCCAGGGAAUCUUCUCCAACAUUUACUCCAUCUACUGUUUCCAUCAGCAGUUCCUGCUGCCGGCGCUGCAGAAACGGAUGGAGGAGUGGGACUCAAACCCGCGUAUCGGCGACAUCCUGCAGAAGCUAGCUCCUUUCCUGAAGAUGUACGGCGAGUAUGUGAAGAACUUCGACCGAGCCAUGGAGCUGCUGAACAUCUGGAUGGAGCGAUCGGCUCAGUUCAAGAGCAUCAUCCAGGAGAUCCAGAGGGAGGAGCGCUGCGGUAAUCUCACUUUGCAGCAUCACAUGCUGGAGCCGGUUCAGAGGAUUCCUCGUUACGAGCUACUGCUCAAAGAUUAUCUACACCGACUGCCAGAGGACGCCCCCGACUACAGGGACGCCCAGA